AUGAGGCUUUCUGCAUUUGCUUUGCUGGCCGCAGCAGCCACUGCCGCCGCCACUGGUGUCAAGGGCGCCGCUGAGGGAUUCGCCAAGGGGGUUACUGGUGGUGGAAGUGCUUCUCCUGUCUACCCCACGACCAACGAUGAGCUGGUCUCUUACCUGGGCGACGAUGAGGCCCGUGUCAUUGUCUUGACCAAGACCUUCGACUUCACCAACUCCGAGGGCACCACCACCGCUAAGGGCUGCUCGCCCUGGGGCACUGGAUCCAAGUGCCAGCUCGCCAUCAACAAGGACGGCUGGUGUGACAACUACCAGCCCGAUGCUCCCCAGACUACCAUCACCUACAACGCCGCCGGUAUGCUGGGCAUCACCGUCAAGUCCAACAAGAGUUUGAUCGGCCAGGGCUCCUCCGGCGCCAUCAAGGGCAAGGGUAUCCGCAUCGUCAACGGCGCCCAGAACGUCAUCGUCCAAAACAUCGCCAUCACCGACAUCAACCCGCGCUACGUCUGGGGCGGCGACGCCAUCACCCUCAACGACGUCGACAUGGUCUGGAUCGACCACGUCACGACCGCCCGCAUCGCCCGCCAGCACAUCGUCCUCGGCACCAACGCCUGCAACCGCGUCACCAUCUCCAACAACUACUUCAACGGCGUGUCCGACUGGUCCGCCACCUGCGACGGCUAUCACUACUGGGGCCUGUACCUGGACGGCUCCAACGACAUGGUCACGCUGCAGGGCAACUACAUCCACCACUUCUCCGGCCGCAGCCCCAAGGUCGGCGGCAACACGCUCCUGCACGCCGUCAACAACUACUGGUACGACUCGACCGGCCACGCGUUUGAGAUCGGGGCUGGCUCGUCUGUGCUUGCCGAGGGCAACAUCUUCCAGAACAUCAAUGCCCCUGUUGAGGCGAGCAGUCUUGCUGGUAACCUGUUUACCUCGCCGGAUACCAACACCAACUCCGUUUGCUCUUCGUACCUGGGACACACGUGCCAGGUCAAUGGCUUUGGUAGCUCGGGUACCUUCAGCCAGGCGGAUGAGGGAUUCCUGGCCAACUUCAAGGGCAAGAAUGUUGCUGGUGCGGAUGCUUACAGUGCUGCGCAGAGCGUUCCCAACAAUGCUGGUCAGGGGAAGCUCUAA